CACACACCCCUAAAGCUCGUCCCGCCCACCUUCAGCAGCGACGAGUUCCCAGCUCGCGUCGAGAUGAGCGCGGGUAGCACGAUCGUCGCAGACCCUCCGCAUGGCCCCGCGCACGCGCCGCCGCUGGCGAGAGUCGUCGGGCCAAUUCGCCGGGUCUCGCAGGUCCUCGAGCUCGCGCCACGUGCGCUCGAGGCGCGGCGCCGGGUGCGUGCUGACGAGCGACACGGACGCCCCGCGCCGGAGCGCGGCGAGUAAUCCCGUGGACGGCGCCGCGGCCACGGGAACGGCACCACUGAAGGCGCAUCGAGGCGGCGCGUCGUCGUCGUCCGGCAGGAGCAGCACCAUCGACGGCGCGGCGAGCGUCGGCACGACGUCGUGGAGCGCACAGCCCGCGCACGAGCAGUUCCGCACCGCCAGGGCCACGACGGCGCCGCGUUCCGUCGCGGCGGCGCACUUUUCCACGUCCGCGAGGACAAUGCGCGCGGGCAGCUCCUCCGCCCGCGCGGGCAGGCCACGCGCGCCCGCGGCGACGACGCCGAGCGUCUCGUUCACGCCGCCACGCAAGGUCCAGAGCGCGCCCCGCAGCGUGUGCGUCGCGAAGUUGAAGGUCCGCGGCGCCCCCGGCCGGAAGGCGGCCUGCACCAGCGCGGCGGCCUCGGCCUCGGCCGCGUCGACGGAGCCCCGGUCCUUCGGCCGCGCCUUGUCGCCCUCGCAGCCGCCGAAGACGAAGCGCGCCGCGACGCCGCGCCGCGCGGCGUGCUCGGACAGCGCGAAGCGGAUCUGCUGCGCGCCCUCGAAGCCGACGACGGCGACGGCGACGUCGCGCGCCGCCGGGUGCCGCGCCAGGAACGCCUCGUCCGUCGCGACCGGCGCCUCGGCCCCGAGCCGGCCCGCGUCCGUCUCGAGGACGAUAACGCCAAAGGCGCCCUGCGCCGCGGCGACGUAGGCCUUCUCCGCGAAGCCGCAGCCGCCCCGCCGCACCAGCGCGACGCGGCCGCGCGCGCCGACCAAUGCCCGGGGGUCGCAGCCGUCGCCGUCCACUACAAAGGCCGGGCGCUCCUUGCAGGACGGCGCCGCGCCGAACGGCGCCAGGGCCGCCCCCGCGGUCACGGUGCGGCCGCCGCGGUUCUUCCGGUCGCCGCCGAUGGCCACCUCGACCCGCCCGCCGCCCUCCGGGCUGGCCGGCG